AUGCUCCAUGAGUCUGACCUCGAAGGUCUCCAUAUUAAAGGAGUUGUUGAGCGAAAUAUUGCAACCCUUUUCGCUGAUGUCACAACAGUGUGCCUCUCUGAAAACGAUAACUUCUCUGACCUGCAAAACAUCCUGCAGAAAUGGUGCUGUGCAUCAGGGGCAAAAUUUAAUGUACAGAAAACUGAAAUUAUCCUGAUGGGGUCCCAUGAGUACAGACUAGGAGUGGUAGCCAAUAGGAAGUUGAAUGAGAACUACCCUACCAUCCCCCCUCAAAUCCACAUAGCUAAGGAUGGUGAACCGGUUAGGGUGCUGGGUGCCUUUGUUGGUAACAAGGUCGAUCAAGUAAAUGUGUGGGUGCCUAUAUUAGAGAAAACGGACAACACUCUAAGCCGCUGGGAAAGGACCUGCCCAACCCCAGAUGGAAGGAGACUAAUCAUUGGGAUGGUCAUGGGAGGCUACACCCAAUACCUGGCAAGGGUACAGGGCAUGCCUGAGGAAGUAGAAGUUCUAUUUACGAAGCGGAUACGCAACUUUAUGUCAGAAGGCAGAGCAGUCCCCAUGGUUGGCCUGCCAAUGCUCCACAGAAAUCUCGAGGAUGGAGAGCUGGACAACGAACAGGACAAAGACUACGACCACCCUGCCUGA